GAAGGGAUUUCAUCUAUUGCAGAGAAAGAGAGAAAUUAAGAACAUAUGAUGUACAAGAGUAAUCUGCAGGAGCUGUGCCAUGAAAAGAAGUGGGGGUUGCCGAGAUACACCCCCAUGAAAGAUGGACCAGAUCACAAUCCUUGCUUCAGGGCUUGUGUCACCGUAAAUGGCUUCUCAUUUGACUCCCCAGUUGCCUGUAAAUCUUCCAAACAAGCUCAAAACCAGGCCGCCAUGGUCGCCUUUCUUCACUUCACCUCUCCACCUUCUUCUUCACCUGUGGAUGAACAUUGCACCUUGGAGAGCCCAGAGUUCAUCAAUAGUACUUUGACGGAAGCAGAGAAUGCUGCUUCAGAGGCUGCUUCUAUGUUUAUUUCAUUGUCAGAAGGGUUUCAGGAUGACGAACCUGGUCGUCUUUACAAGAAUCUCUUACAGGAGUUAGCUCAGAGAGAAGGUUUAUCACUGCCAGCAUAUACAACUGUAAACUGGGGUGCAUCUCACAUGCCAACAUUCUCUUCCACUGUGGAUGUAGAAGGGGAGAAAUUCUGCGGACAUGUGGGGAAAUCCAAAAAACAGGCAGAGUUGAGUGCCGCAAAGGCUGCUUACACCGCUUUCGAAGAGCGUAAGUCAGUUCUGUUUAUAGCUCUCAGUAGUUUAUUUAUUUCAAAGACAGGAAGCAGAGCUGACCGUUUCAUCUUCUGCGUAUCUAAUAUUCCAAUCUUUAUUGCGCUGCACAUUGUUGCAGAACGUGCUCUUAAAACCACUCAAAGCGGUAACUGGAGAUCGAAAGCGAUUCCUGAACAAGAUUUGGUUCCUUCUCUAACUACCAAGAACAAGGAAUGUGGUAAAGACACUAAAGGGAUCGAUGAACAAGAGUCGGACAUGAGUCUCAGAGCUGUGUACUGUAAGGCACCUGAUGCAAUGGUACUGGAAAUGGGAAAUAUGAACAAAACCGGAAAACCUUCCACAUGCUUGGAACCAGUGGUCUCAGCAUUUAUGCAUAACGAUCUUUCGGCUGUCUUGAGUGCGGAUGAAAAUGAAGGGAAAAUAGCGGGAUUGAAGAGUUACUUACUAUGCAACAGGUUUAGAGUCUACACACAGUUCCCAGAUAUUGCAUUCCCAAAGUGCAUAACUAUGCUGCCUAUAAGUGAUGACAAAUGGGUGGCUGUCAGGCUGGAGUUCCCAAACGAAGAAAGCGAUUAG